ACACCAAACCACGCCCUCACCGACGCAGGUAUUGUAAUUUAAGCUCCCGAAGGAUGUUGAACGCCAUGAAAGAGAACAAAACUACAAAACCUGUUGGUUUCUAGUCGGAGGAAGUGUGUGGUGCGAGGUUUAGAAGGGAGAUACUCACAAAACCGAUAAAUUAUCCAAGGAGUCUGCUUUAUUUAGGUAUUCGUUAGUUUAAAGCAGAAAACAUGCAUUUUGUACCUCUCGUCCUGAUUGUCUUCGGUUUGAGCUCAACGCUGGCACAGAAUACAUCAGCUCCAAAUACACAACAACAACAACAACAACAAACAACACAGUCUUCAACUACGACAACACAAACUACUACAAGCAAAGCGCCGACUACAACACCACGUCCAAGUUGUGAGAGCAAGAAUGGUACAAGCUGCGAGGAAUGCUUGGCAUAUGUGGAUUGUCUGUGGUGCAUUCCAACUAAAACAUGUGUAACAUACCCAGCCAAAACCAUCCUGCCCCCCCAUUCCCUCUGCCCACUGAGUGAUGCUCGAUGGGGCCUUUGCACACUAAACUUCCAGAUUUUGAUCAUUACAUUGUCAGUGGUUGGAGCGAUGCUCAUCAUUGGUUUUUUGGUGUGUAUAUUCUGCUGCUGCAAGUGUGAGAACAUUGGAUCUGCACGAUUUGAAAACAGGAUGAACCGGCAAUCAGACAAGAGAAAAACAAAACAAGAGCAGAGAAAAACUGAGUUGAAAAUUAGACAUGAUGAGAUCCGACAAAAAUAUGGUCUCAGCAGGGCAAGUCCUUAUGCCAGAUUUGACAAUCCCAGCUAAAUGAUGGGUGCACUGUUUUUAAGAUCAAUACUUUGACUGUAUGCUGCCUAUUUGAAGAUUAUUCAAAUCAAGUAAAUACUAAGAUUCCACUGAACUCAAAAUAAUAAUCUUCUCUUUAAAUAAAAUUCAGAUGAUUGUCAUUUCUGUUCUGUCUAUUCAGUCGGUGUAACCCUUAACCUCCCACUAUUAUAAGUAACUUUUAAAAAAAAAAAUUGUAUUAAAAAUAGUUCUCACUGAAACAAUAAUAUUAAUAAAACAAUAUAAUUA